AUGAUGUCAUGCUUAGAAUUGACCUGGAGGACUUUGAUGGCAAAAUUUCGUAUGCUGAAUAUUCCACUUUUAAGGUCGCUGAAGGGGUGGAUAAAUAACGUAUUGCGGUUGGAAGGAUACCAUGGCACAGCUGGUGACUCCAUGACGGAUAGCGUUAGGUUUCGACCCGCAAAGUAAGUAUUGAUUUUAGACUGGUGCGACUUACCACAGCACACUCUUGUUCUUGCCGUUCUUCUCCUUCUUCUCCUUAAUCUCCUUCUAUUCUUUCUUCUUUUUAUUGUUAUUUUAUCAUAAUUUUUUUAAUAAAUCGUUAUUGUACUUUCCGCCACACGCACAACAGUUACAUAUUUUACGGUAACCAGUAACUAAAAUAAAAAUAAAAGGCUAAACAGGAAGCUAUAACUGUACAGAACAGUCCAGUGCGUAAAAACUGACAACUCCACAAAAAAAGAAACAAAUUUAAGCGGGCGAGAUCGUCACCGAAAAAGGUGCUCUUAAGUAGGUUAAUUUUCUGGCAUUUAUCAAUUUGCCAUUGAGCUAAUACUUUUGUUGCUAGUUUAGAGGAAGUGGGGUGUUUUCUUAACGUUUUGCAUUGUUGAUAAUAUUUCUAAGUUUGAAAAUUGGGAUUCAAAAUUUACGUUUUGACCAAUACUUUUGAAGGAGGUUUGUAAUCGUUGAAGACCAACUGCAAGCUGGAUAGGUUGAGUUUUACCUUGUGUUUAUCAUUAAACCAUCCGUAUCACCUCUUGCGAAAGAGAGAGGCCACCAAAGCACUCCAGAAAAGCGUGUUGUAUAGAAUCACAUGAUCUACAGUAGAUGCACUCGUCGUCAACAGAAAUUUAAAUCUCUGUUGCUCCAUAUUUGGUUACUAAGACACGAUGUAGCAGUUUUAAGGAACAUUUCUCAAUUUCUUGUCAAUAGAUAGCCCCAGUAUAUUUUUAAACAGUUCUUUCCAUAUACUCUUGAUGUCAACUAGUAUUAUGCUUUCACCACGUUUUUACGGUUGUGGGUGCUACAUCGCAUUUUUGAAAGCAAGAAUGUCUUCUUUUUCUUUAUUUUCUCUUUCAACUACUUGUUAAAUUUUAACGGAAACGUCUUUAUCCUACACUUUCACUGUUCGCCCCAUGUAUGGGUCUGUUUGCCCCAUGUGUGAGUCUGUCCUCCCUUAUACGGGUCUGUUUGCCCCAUUUAUGAGAAUCCAAGACAGUCCUGGGUUCUGGAUUCCACGCUUUGCAUUCCGGAUUCCAGGUGCUGGAUUCUAGCCUUUGUAAGGGGAACUGGAUAUCAGUCGUUAGUGGGAUUAUGGAUUUCUUUGGCUGUAUUCUGGAUUCCAAAGCCCAGGAUUCCGGAUUCCACAAGUAAAAAAUUCCGGAUCUCGGAUCCCACGAGCAAAAUUUUCUUGGAUUCAGGCCUUUAGGUGGGGCCAGACUGUAGAACAUUUGUGAUGUUAUUUUAUUGUUGGGCGCGGGAAUUAUAUUUUUUCAAGUACGUCUGUAUCGCGGACUACAGAAACACUCGUCCGCAUUACUUUCUUCCCCGAAAGGAAUCACAUCAUCUUCCGCUGAGAGGAUGAGCUACAAAUUCUUGGUUCGGUAACGCCCAUUUGUCCAAAUCAAGACCUUAAUUCAAACCAUUGUUCACAACUCUUCUCAAAUUUACGUUCUGCAAUCAGGAAGCCAAUCAGUUUAGCACAAAUAACAGUGUACAUAAGUUGCCCUACGCUCUCUUUUGUGGUAUAUUUCAUUUGAUACACACACGACAUAUCUCCUUAAAUGAGCCUAAUAAUACAUUUGUUAACAUGAUAUAUUUCGAUUAUCUGUCUACCUUUCAUUUAAUAAGUAUGUUAACACACUCCAGCGGUUCCUUUUGAGAUCUAAACCCCGGGAAGAUCUCAGUGUACGCGUGUUCUGAACAAAAAGUCUCAAAAACUAUGCCCUUUGGUCAGACUUUGGAAAGCACAGAUCAGUUCAGUUCCCUUCAGUUUAUUGUUUUGCCAUAAGUUGUACAAAAGCAAGGAAAUCAAAUUAUUUAAACCCUCAUGGCGUGGAAGCCCAAGAGAAACCACUGGGCUUAUAAGGAAUGGGUUCCUUCAGUUAAAUAAUAAGAACAAAAUAUUAUCAUAAUUACACAUGGAAAAAUCAACACAGAUCUAUAAAGUAUACAGGGAAGUGUACUCCCGGGGAGAUGCACUAUUUUUUCCCUCGGUGGAUGGGCCGAUAACGACUGUUCUCUAUUUCCUAACAGCAACAUGCAAUUUUCAACCAAAGACGUUGAUAAUGACGGAUCCAGCGCAAACUGCGCGGAGACACAAAAAGGAGGAUGGUGGUAUAACGCCUACAGUUGGGCAAAUCCUAAUGGCAUAUAUUACAGUGGAAAAUACAGCAACCAAAACGCCGAUGGAGUAAAAUGGGUCACACUAAGAGGACAUUUGUACUCAUUCAAACGUAUUGAGAUGAAAGUAAAACCCAAAGUGUAAACUGACACCAGGGUACAGUCGUACCUGUCGAUGUUGUAACAAUUCAGAAAUUGACAGAUUAUCCUCGUUCAGCAGAAUUCCCAUAACACUGUUUUUACACUUUCUCUCACCCUCGUAGCGACAGGACAUAAUUUUGAGGAAAAUAAUAUAUGAUUUCAAUAAAAAGUAUUGAAAACAGUAGCGAUCUAGAUAAGAUAUAAGAUCUUCGAACAGUGAUAAGAACGAACUUCCUUUUAUUUAUUCCCUGAAAAAGUCACACCAUGCCUCACGAAAUAUUGGAAGAAAAUAUGGUCUCAUAGCUGUACAGUCAGCCUUGCUUUUUUCACUGUUGAAAUAGUUAUAACAUGUUUAAGAAUCACAGCAGGUUAGUUUGGCGCAAAACAUGAAAAUUGUAUGUUCAUUAAAUGCCCAAGUACUAAAAUGCUUUGCGUAUCUUUUUAUUAAUCUUUUUUUUUUUUCACCUUUUAGCGGUGGUGGUGUUGCGGAGGGAGCGGGUGAGGGUCGUAUAGUAGAAAAGCUGGGAACAAAUUAAUUAGGAAUAACAGCAGGAACAAGGGAACACAGGCAAAUUACGACCCAGAGUCCUGAAGACCCUCACCUUCAGUGUUGUCAUGAAGUUACUUACUUCAAAGGUCUCCAAGGCAAGUUAGCAGCAUAGACUAGACGAGAUUCUGAAGAAGAAAAGCCUUUUUGUCAAAAGCUGAUGACGAAUUCUAAUAGUUCUCAAGAUACUGUGCUUUAGUCACGGAAAACCUGUUACCAAAAAUAAUAUCGCCAUUUCAGGAAUGAAAUAACCUUUCAAAUCAUGUAUUGAUAUUGAAAUUAAUACACUCCGUUAGUUAGCAAUACAACACGUUCAGCUAUAAAAUCACCUCUUAAAUUUGUUUUAAACUUCUUUGUUAAAAAUUCUGUGAUAAUUACGAAGAAUUAAGUCGAGCUUACUUGCGGAUUAGAUAAGAAACGAGGAGGCGAUUAAUUCCACACGAACUAGGAUUUCCUCGCUAAAACGUUUUAACGUCCUUCUUUAUCGACAGUCCAGUAUUCUUCGGGACAUUGACUUUUUAUAUCGUGCACUAGACCAGAAAACUCGACUACGAAAUACUUUUAAUCCAAUUUCCUAUCUUUUCACGAGUUUUAAAAUAUGGAUGCCAUACAUGUAUCAUCAAUUUUAUUAAUUUUAUUGGCCCCGAAGCGAACCUUACUCAAUGCAAAUCGGCAGGUGUCUUUGUUGAUUGGACAGAUAUAUGGAAAUUUCAUUUGGAUCAUAGAAGCUUUGGUCUGGGGGCUUAAAUCCAACAACCUGUUCUUUGGCAAAACUUUAUUUUUAAAAGAGCGAAAGAGAAACCGGCCUCGCCGUCAAAAAUGUUUUUUCUGCUUAUCGUUUUUUUCUUCACAACUGUAUACAGUACAAGCCGUAUUUCAACGCCCGGUUUUCAAGCUGUUAACUUUGCUCGGGCAAAAGAGAGGCGAAAGUUGAACGGAAGUUUGCUAAAGCAAGUUGAUGUGAUGUCAGAGGAUGAGUGUAGUCUUCGAUGCGUCGGGGAUGAACGAUGCCUCUCUUACAACUUUGGAAAUACAAGAAACGAAUCAGGGACAUUCGUGUGUGAGCUGAGUGACUCCGACAGAUUUUUUGGCUUUGGUAAUUUCACAGAAGAUAACAAUUUUACGUACAGAGGAUUGCAGGUAACAAUCGCUACGACAUCAGUACAGCGUAUAAAUUUAAGUUUUUUUAAUAAUUAUUAAACUGUCUUAUUUUCCUUUAAACAGGGAAUCCCGCUUAAUUUCCACUGUGUUAUUUCUAAAAAUAUCGCGCCAAAGAGAGGUACGAAUUUAAAAGAAUCAAAGUUUGUAAAAAGCUCUAAUUUUUUCGGCAGUGGUCUCUUCGAGUGAGUAAGUACAAGCAAAACGCUUUGAUGAAAAGCUGAGAAAACCGUUAAUAUUAUGCAAUAUAUCAUUUGUUUUAUAAUUAUUAUUACGGACUGUGAUUAAGAUGAGAAUGAUUCCGUUAUUUGAUUAUUGAGAGAGUUUCCUUAGAAUGCUGGGCGAUUUCACGCUAGAGAUAAUAUAACAUGCAUAAUCAGGAUAAUCCGGACUGGUUACGUAAGACUGAUUACGGAUCUGUUUUCACAUUGACACCGUAAAUUCGGUCAAACUAUUUUGGGAAAGGAAUAUCACUGUUCGAAUAGAGGCCUUUUUUCCUUCUCUUUAGAAUUAAGAACAGGCCAUCUUUUAGUUGCCUCGAUUACCUACAUUGUUCUCCAAGAAUCAAAAUUUGUAAAAAUUUUUCUGCGGUGGUCUCUUUGAGUGAGUACUGGCAAAGCUCUUUGAUGAAAAGCUGAGAAAACUGUUAAUAUUAUGCUAUACGUGAUUUGUUUUUUAAUUAUUGUUACGGUGUGACUGAGAUGACAAUGAUUCCGCUAUUUGAUUGAGAGAGUUACCGAUUUCACGCUAGUAAAUAUAACAUUAUCCGGAUAAUCCGGACCGAUUUAGUAAGACUGAUAACCGAUCUGUUUUCACAUUGACACUCUAAAUUCCGUCACACCAUCUUGGGAAAGGAUGAUCAGCGUUCGAAUAGAAGCUUUUUCUUCUUUGUCUUCAGAAUGAAGAAAAGAUAGACCAUCUCUUAGUUCCCUCGAUCGCCUGUAGAAUUCUCCAAGAUCAGACCCAAAAUAAAGAGAAAAAAUAUAUAUAUAUAGCAGGUAUUGUAUUAACAUAGUAGCAUUUAAUUUGUUAUUCUAUUAAGACUUUGAAGCGUUACAUGCUUUUUGGACAAAUCAGCAUGAGUAUGAGAUACAUGUUGAGAGUCCUGUGAAAUAUAUGAAAGUAAUUAACACUAACACCUGCUUAUCUCUCCAGGCUCCAGUUGUUCAAACGGUGGAUAGCGGUAUCCAGCGGAUAAAUCUCUAUCCAGUGGAUAGUGAUUUAUCCGAUGGUUAGUACCAUCCACCUUUUAAAUAACUGGGGCCAUAAUGUUAAGAUAUAAAUUAAGUUAGGCCAAUGGUUCCUUAUGUACAUACCGAGGCAAAGUUUACGUACAACAAAAGAAAUAAUACAACCAAAAAUAAAGCGCCCAGGAGAACUCUAUUGUUUGGUUCCUUUGUUUCUUUUGUGAUGACGGUACCUGCAGAAAGACCCAGGCAAACCUAAAAGCGGAGCUCCCAAAGGAAAGCGUGUAACAUAAUUAAAAUACAGCCAUCUCAAUUCGUGAACCGGACCCGGAAGAGAGAGAGCCACACAUGCUAUGGAAAAAAUUAUUACAUGCAAGCCAAUUAAAAACGCUCGUUGCGCUUCUUUUCUAGCAGAAAAUCAUACUGUAAAUCAAUGCAACCCGAUAUACAUUAACACAUUUUUUAAAACAUUCAUAAAAAAUGACCAGUAAAGUUCGAAAAAAAGCCUUUCUCUUACCAGCAAAACUUUACCACUAAUUUUUAAACACAGCUGUACAUCUAAAAGUGCCUGUCAUAACCUGAAAUAAAGGGUGCGUUUCUUUACUAAAAUUCGAGGUCGGAUAAAAAAUCCGGAUCAUUAGGAUUUUUCGUUAAGAAAAGAAACGAUGGAUCCAAAAAACGAUAAUUUCCCAUUCAUUUCUAUUACCAAAAUAUGGACGGUAUCCUGGAGAUAGAACAACACGGCUGCUGAUAACGUUGCAAAUUUGCUGAUCCUUCAUUGUGUUCUGGACGGUGAGCUUAAGGAUAUCGCUUAAAGAUGAGCCUAAAAAUAAGAUAUCUACUGGAAAGAACGUUAAAUGUUGCCAGACUCGCAGGCGAAGUUGAGGAGCAGUUUUGUUUCGAUUUGUCCUCGUGAACUAUAGCAAUGCAGGUCCUGUUUGUACUGCGAUUUUACUAUCCCGAUAAAACGGAUGAAAUUGAUCGUUUACCAUGCCUCGAGUCGAGAGAUGGCCGUGAAGAUGAGUAGUGUUGUCAAACAGCUGCUGUAUUCACCCUUGUCGAAUUCGUAGUAAAGGAAUGCUUCGGAUCAUGUAUUUAAAGUAUCCGGGUCUGGAUAUGAUCCAAGGAAUUCACCUCCCUUGUGGAUCGAUAAUAUCAUUUGGAUCAAUAAUCCGUUUUGGGGUUUUAGUAAAGAAACGAAAUAACCGUUUUCGGAUUAAAAAUCUGGUUUUUGAUUUUAGUAAAAAAAACGCACCCCAAAACUUGAAAAUAAUGCGACCAGAAUAUUACUCACAUUCGGCCUUCGAAGCAAUGCUGUAUCUAGAGGAAAAUAAACUGACAACUGAGUUUAAAUCAAUAGCCCAUUUGCACGAUGACGUAAUUUUACUACUAAGACCAGAAUCCUUCAGGAUUUUGCUUUCUUGUGCAAAUUAGGGCUUUUGUUAUCGAAACCUCCCUGGGAUUACCGAAUUAGAAUAUGAAAGGAAAAACGAAAAGGAUUGUGGUCGUAGUAGUAAAAUGACGCCAUCAUGCAAGUGGCCUAUUCGCAAUAUAAGACUAUGUGGUUUUGAAAGAGUCAAUGCAAGAUAAUAGGAAAACUAGUCUUGCCGUUGUCAAGGUACGCAACUAGUUUUCUAAGGCACAGGCGAUGUUACCGUGAAGGAAAGCACUCUCUAAAACAUUAAAAAUGUUAAAAUGUCCAUCCACUCAAAAGUUAAAACGUUUUCAAAUUUUGAAUUCUUGCCAAUUUGUUACUAACUGAACUUAAGCGGGAUUUCCUACGAAAUAAGGCCUUUGUAUAUCAGUAUGGGCUGUUCCCCUUCUUACUCUUUAUUUGCCUCUUUUUCCCCACAUUAAAUAACUGAGUUUAAAGAACCUCAUUCUCAAAACAGAGUAUCUGUGAGUCCAGCAACCAUCUUCCUUGUGGAAACAAAGGAAUUUGCAUCCCAGACUACUUCAGGAGCAGCUUUGAAUGCAAGUGUCACGCUGGAUAUGUAGGAAUACCUUGCAGUAAGUAAUUCAAAAGGUACACAUAGCAAAUUGUUGCUGCUAAAAAUAUCUACAAGCCGUAGCCGUCCAUCAGUAAGAUGCCUAAAAUGUUUUUUUAUUCCAUACUUGGUUUCGGCUCCAAAAAAAUUCUAUUUCAAUCGUAUAUCAUGUUAGGAGGAGCCACAAUAGCUUAGCACACUGAAAAGGCAUACAUGUAUGAGUUAGGAAAACAAUCCAAAGUAAAUGUAGUGCGUUAAAAUAGAUCUAAAUCCACCAGAAAAUUUAAAAAGUAAACUGGCAGUAGCCGUUAGCAAGGAGGUGUGGGCGAAACCGCUUUCAUAUGAAUGUGAAUGCCCUGUAGUUAUGGUGUCAACAAAAGGAAUCACCGCGGAUCAUGAAAACUGGAUUGAACAAUACAGUAAACCAGGCUCAUCAGUUUAAUUCAACGAUUUUAUUCGCAUUUGCUUAGAUACAAUUAACCUGCGAAUAGUAAGGAGCGAGGAGAGACGUUUGUAUUCGCCGGCAAAGAUACAUUGAACCCGGCACUGAAACAGCAAUGCGUGACACAAGUAAUGCGUGUAUACAGCUGUCAUGCACGACGUCUUUAUUCAAUCGAAUAUUCAAUCCGUUUUCAAUGACCAAAGGCCGUUGAUAUGAAAUGGAAAAAUUCCACUGGAGUUUAAAGCUUAUUGAAGCUAUCGGAUGAUAAGUAACGUAACAUACUUGGAAAAGUAUAAAAGUAUAAAAACCAUGCACUGCAAUGAACCUGAAGCGAUUUCUAGACUUUGCUAGCACUAGUACCUUACCGAAACCUUGUCCCACACUAAGCUGAGAUCAGGUUCUACUUUUAUUUUCCUGGCUAAAAAGAUUCCAGGUCGGCAAGGCGACUCGAAAAGUCUUCCAUUUAGUACAGUACUUGUGUACGUGAAUUACGUGUGCUUGCGAAUCGAAUGUAAUAAUUAUUGUUGCAUCACUUGCAUGUGCAUUCAAAGUAACCGCUGUGACGUCAAGACAGACCUUAAACUCAACACCACGCCUCAACACUUGAACGCAGUGUUAAGUAAAAUCGAUAUCACUAUGACAGCAAUAAAAAAACUUUGAAAUCAAUAAAAGCCGAAUUCUAAUCGGUCUAGUCCAGCAACUAAAAAUGCGACACCAGGAACUCAAAGUGUAGUGUUUAAUUAGCAAAUAACCUUUUUCAGCUCUUUUGGAACAAAAGAUAUGAUCUUUAUGAAGAAGGUUCCACUGGUAUCUAAGAACGACUGGCUGACCCUUUGUAUAUACUUUCAGAGGAAAUGAAAAGCUGCUUUGAACUUUCUAUGAAUGGAUUCACAUCAGAUGGCGUCUAUUACGUCAUCCCAGAUGGUGGCAAGGCAAUACAAGUACUAUGUGACAUGACUACAGAAGGUGGAGGCUGGACCGUUUUUCAGAGACGUUUAGACGGCUCGGUGGAUUUUCUGCUCGACUGGGAAUUCUACAAAAAUGGGUUCGGUGAUCUUAGCGGUGAGUUCUGGCUUGGAAACGACAAUCUUCAUCGACUGACAACCAACGCUGAUGUUAUACUUAGAAUUGACCUGGAGGACUUUGAUGGUAACAUUACGUACGCUGAAUAUUCCACUUUCAAAGUUGCCGACGAGGUAGAUAAAUACCGCAUUUUGCUUGGAGGAUACAAUGGCACGGCUGGUGACUCGAUGGCAGUUACCUCUUCACAGUCAAAAACCGCAAAGUAAGUAUGACUGCAACUGGAGUUAUUCAGAAUGCCUCCUCGUCCUCUUCCUCUUCCUUUACUACUAUUAGUAGUAGUUGCAGUAGUAGUAGUGGUAGUAGUAGUAGUGGUGGUGGUGGUGGUGGUGUUAGUGGUAGUGGUAGUGGUAGUGGUAGUGGUAGUGGUAGUGGUAGUGGUAGUAGUAGUGGUAGUGGUAGUGGUAGUGGUAGUGGUAGUGGUAGUCACGGUAGUAGAAGUAGUAGUCGUGGCGGCGGCGGCGGCGGCGGUGGUGGUGGUGGUGGUGGUGGUGGUGCUAGUAGUAGUAGUAGUAAGUAAUAAGUAAUAAAUUGCUUUAUUUGCAUGACCGCAUCAUUUUACAGUAUUGCAAAAGCAUGCUUAUGACAAUCAAAAUAUAAAACAAACAGCACUAAUAAUAAUCUAGAAAAAUUCAGUUACAUUACUAACAAUGAAUCACGUAUUUUCAUACAGGAGGAAACAAACUUCAUAACUGACUUAUUUACAUGAUGUUCCUUCGAAUUCAUUAUCAGUUUUAUGCUUUCUGGAGAUGAUUUAUUGUCAAAGUCAGGUGUUAUUCGAUUGAUUUGAUUAAUAAAUGCCUGUCUCUAUACUGAGUAUUUGUUACAUAGAAAGAGGAAAUGAAUCUCAUCUUCUACCUGAUUUGAGUUACAUAAGGGAAAUAAUCUAUUUUCUCUUGGCAAAUGAUCGAUUUGGUAUCGACCAUGUUCAAUCACAAGUUUGUGAUUACUUAUUUUAAAUUUAACAAAAUUCUGUCGUUCGUCAUAAUGUCUUAGCUGGUAGAGAUAAUCAGAUGUAGAAUAUUCAUCUUUAAAAGUUUUAUAAAAUUUUAGUUUUUUUGAAUUUUCAAGGCUGUGCCGCCAAAAAGAUAAAUAUUUCUCUCUCAUUUCUGUGGUAUAUCGUCUAAUUUUAUCAUUAUCUAGAGAUUCAGCAUCUAAACUGGUUAGAUUGUAUUGUUCAAACAUGUUUAUGAAAUUGGAAAAAUAUCCUGAAUUAUUCAUAGAAUGUAGAUUCUUUGACAUAAGCAAAGACUGUUUGACUAUAGAGUCAUUAUCUUUGUUGUUGAAGUAAACAAAAUAUUUCAUAAUUUUCUGAUUUAUCGGGAUAAGCAGCGGCAGCCUAUCAAGUUCAGCUCUGUAAGCUAUCUCAGAGGUCUUAUUGUUAACCUCUAAGUAACGUUUACAGAAUUUGAGGAAGAUUUUUUCUAUUGGGGAGCUAUCCCAUUUUUUAAAAUCUUGCUUGGUGCACAUUCCCCAUACCUCGCUGUUGUAACUCAAGAUUGGGAAUACCAUGGUGUCAAAAAUUUGGGAUGCAGUAUUAGGAUUAAGUUUGUUAAGAAUUUCCCGCUUCCGAAUACUAGAAAACGCGUGAAGGGCCUUUUCUUUUAAGUGUUCGAGUGCAAGUGUAAAGUUUCCCGUUGGGAUUAAACGUGUACCUAAAUAAAUGUAUUCUUAGACAAUUUCAAUUGACUCACUGCCUAUGUUGAAUUUGAUGUCAAUAGAUUUUUUUGGGCAUUUCUGGAAUAUCAUAAUUUUUGUUUUCUUCGGAUUAAUUUUUUGCUUCCAUUUGUCACAAUACAAGGAAAGCGAAUUUAAAAAGUUCUGUAAUCCAGUUUUCGAUCUUGAUAGAAUAACUAAAUCAUAUGCGUACAAAAGUGAAUUUAUUUUUUUCCCAUUUGGAAGAACAAAUGGGUCAGAUAAGGUGUUUUCGAAUAAAUGUGUUAGAUUGUUUAAAUAGAGGUUAAAUAAAGGAGGGCUUAAAAUACAGCCUUGACGUACACCUCUGGAAUAUGAAAAAGGCUGUGUUUUGUUUUCAUCGAUUUUGAUGGAACAUGUCGAGUUGCAAUAAAGGCUUUUCAGGAGGUUGUACAAGUUUCCUCCUAUAUUCGUUUUUAGCAGCUUAUAAAACAAUCCUUCGUGCCAAACAGAGUCAAACGCUUUGCGGAAAUCUACGAAACAAGCGUAGACUUUUUCCUUGUGAUAAUGUACAUAUUUAUCUAUUAGGGUCCUUAGAGUGAAAACAUGGUCUGCAGUGCGGUUUUCAGGCAAAAAGCCAAUUUGGGAAUUAUGUAAUAUCUUAUUUUCCUCAUUAUACUACUACGUGGGAAAUUUCUGCAAUUUGAUUGGCUUAGAGGAGUGGUAUUUCAGCUUAAUUUGAAAUACCUACAUGUGAAAAUUACAAAACCUUUGUGGGUAGUAGUAUAAACAAAAAAUACAAGUGAAGUCUUAAAAUAGAACAGAACAGUUUUCCAAGGCAACUAGAAACACGCAUGCCUCUGUAAUUUGUUGGAUCACUCUUGUCACCAGAUUUGUAAAUUGGGGUUAUGAGGCCUUGACACCAAACAUCCGGCCUUUUUUCCCGGAUUGCAAAAUGAGGUUUGACAUAGACAGGCAUUAGUGGUUCGAGGCUUGCUUUGAUCAUUUCAUUUCGUAUUUUGUCAACAAAUUCUUCGCCGCUUGACGUAUUUCCCCCUCAGUUAUCUCAUAAUCGAGAUAGGCAAACUGUUCAAUUUCGUGUUCUAAAGAAUUUAGUUCCCUAUGGAUUUCAUGUUCAUGCGUGGAAUUCGUCGGGUCAAUAGAAUGCAGAGAUUUGAAAUGGUGAAGCCAUGAUUCUUCCGAGAUUGGGGCAGGAACAUUUUCGUUGAAAGUGUCGCUCAUCGAAUUUAAACAAUUCCAAAAUGACGGCUUGUCGGUAGCAGUAGUAGUAGUAGUAGUAGUAGUAGUAGUAGUAGUAGUAGUAGUAGUAGUAGUAGUAGUAGUAGUAGUAGUAGUAGUAGUAGUAGUAGUAGUAGUAGUAGUAGUAGUAGUAGUAGUAGUAGUAGUAGUAGUAGUAGUCUGUAAUUGUUAAAAUUUACCUUGAAUUAUAUAAUUUUCGCAAGGUAUUAGCUUUUUUCUCUUCCUCUAUCAUUCACUGAAGUCGAAAACAAAAAUACAUAGUUACACUUUUAUACACUCUAGAGGUUCAAUAAAAAAUCAAGCCCGAUUUCCGACCUUAUUGGGCAAAUUCUAUAUCCAUUUUCAGACCAAAACAUCCAAAACAUCUCAAAAAAUUAUACCCUUUGCGCCGCCCCGUAAAUUAUACCGCGAAGUUUUCCCCGUGGGAUGCGCUAUCUUCUCCCGGGCGAGAGAUGAGUAUUAUCAAGACUGUUUCUUUUAUAUCUCGACAGUAACAUGCAAUUUUCAACUAAAGAGAGAGACAACGAUUUAUCCAGCGUCAACUGCGCGGUGAGACACAAAGGAGGAUGGUGGUAUAACCAAUGCUCUUGGGCAAAUCUCAAUGGCGUAUAUUACGGCGGAGAAUAUAGCAGCCAAUACGGCGAUGGAGUAAAAUGGGUGACUUUAAGAGGACAAUUUUACUCAUUCAAACGUACUGAAAUGAAAGUAAAACCGAAAGUAUAA